CCCGAGCCGAGCCGCCGCGGCCGGAGCCCGAUGCGGGGAGCUGGGCGCUGAGGGCGGCCCCGAGAUGGGCAUUCUCAGCAUCACGGACCAGCCUCCUCUGGUCCAAGCCAUCUUCAACCGCGACAUAGAGGAGGUGCGGUCGCUGCUGAACCAGAAAGAGAACAUAAAUGUACUGGACCAAGAGCGCCGAACGCCGCUGCACGCUGCUGCCUACGUAGGAGAUGUUGCAAUCCUGGAGCUCCUCAUCCUGUCAGGUGCUAACGUGAAUGCAAAGGACACUGUCUGGCUCACGCCCUUACACCGCGCUGCGGCUUCUCGUAACGAGAAGGCACUUCACCUCCUCCUGAAGCACUCGGCGGAUGUCAAUGCCCGUGACAAGUAUUGGCAGACACCCCUGCACGUCGCUGCUGCCAACCGGGCCACCAAGUGCGUGGAGGCCAUUGUCCCCCUGCUCAGCACUGUCAACGUGGCCGACCGGACGGGCCGCACGGCGCUGCACCACGCCGUGCACAGCGGCCACCUCGAGAUGGUGAAUCUGCUGUUGAACAAAGGGGCCAGCCUGAGUACUUGUGACAAGAAGGACCGCCAGCCCAUCCACUGGGCAGCUUUCCUGGGGCAUUUGGAAGUCCUAAAGCUGCUGGUGGCCCGGGGAGCUGAUGUGAUGUGUAAGGACAAGAAGGGCUACACCCUCCUGCACACGGCGGCCGCCAGCGGGCAGAUCGAGGUCGUGCGUCACCUGCUGAGGCUGGGGGUCGAGAUCGAUGAACCAAACUCCUUUGGGAACACUGCACUUCACAUUGCCUGUUACAUGGGCCAGGACGCCGUGGCCAACGAGCUGGUCAACUACGGCGCCAACGUCAACCAGCCCAACGAGAAGGGCUUCACCCCCCUGCACUUCGCUGCCGUCUCCACCAACGGGGCCCUGUGCCUGGAGCUCCUCGUCAACAACGGCGCCGAUGUCAACUUCCAGAGCAAGGAAGGGAAGAGCCCGCUGCACAUGGCUGCCAUCCACGGGCGCUUCACGCGGUCCCAGAUCCUCAUCCAGAACGGCAGUGAGAUUGACUGUGCUGACAAAUACGGCAAUACCCCCCUCCACGUUGCUGCUAGAUAUGGCCACGAGCUGCUAAUUAGUACUUUGAUGACGAAUGGUGCUGACACUGCAAGGCGUGGGAUCCAUGACAUGUUCCCUCUGCACUUAGCUGUUCUCUUUGGAUUUUCAGACUGUUGUCGUAAGCUACUUUCCUCAGGUCAGUUGUACAGCAUUGUCUCCUCGCUGAGCAACGAGCACGUGCUGUCCGCAGGCUUUGACAUCAACACGCCUGACAACCUCGGGAGGACCUGCCUCCACGCUGCUGCUUCGGGGGGGAACGUUGAAUGUCUUAAUUUGCUGUUGAGCAGUGGUGCUGACUUGAGGAGGAGGGAUAAGUUUGGCAGGACACCCCUGCACUACGCGGCUGCCAACGGCAGCUACCAGUGCACGGUGACACUGGUGACAGCAGGAGCCAGCAUCAACGAGGCUGACUGCAAAGGCUGCACCCCCCUGCACUAUGCUGCUGCCUCGGACACCUACAGGAGAGCAGAGACUCCUUCAGGAAACAGCCACGACACUGAUGAGGAGCCGCUGAAGGAGUCCAGGCUGAAGGAGGCUUUCUUUUGCUUGGAAUUCUUGCUGGAUAACGGUGCUGACCCCUCCCUGCGGGACAAGCAGGGUUACACUGCUGUCCACUACGCAGCUGCCUACGGCAACAGGCAGAACCUCGAGCUGCUCCUGGAAAUGUCUUUUAACUGCCUGGAGGAUGUGGAGAGCACCAUUCCAGUCAGCCCUUUGCACUUAGCUGCCUAUAAUGGUCACUGUGAAGCCCUAAAGACACUUGCUGAAACCCUGGUGAACCUGGACGUGCGGGACCACAAGGGGCGCACGGCGCUGUACCUGGCGACCGAGCGCGGCUCCACCCAGUGCGUGGAGGUGCUCACCAGCCACGGCGCCUCGGCGCUGGUCAAGGAGAGGAAGAGGAAGUGGACCCCGCUGCACGCCGCGGCUGCCAACGGGAACACGGAUUCCCUGCACCUCCUGAUCGACAGCGGGGAGCGGGCGGACAUCACCGACGUCAUGGACAUCCACGGCCAAACCCCCCUGAUGCUGGCGAUCAUGAACGGCCACGUCGACUGCGUCCACCUCCUCCUGGAGAAGGGAUCCACGGCCGACGCCGCGGACAAGAGGGGACGGACCGCGCUGCACCGAGGGGCGGUGACGGGCUGUGAGGACUGCCUGGCUGCCCUGCUGGACCACGAUGCCUUCGUGCUGUGUCGGGAUUUCAAGGGCCGGACCCCGAUCCACUUUGCCUCAGCGUGUGGGCACCUGGAGAUCCUGCGGACGCUGCUGCAGGCAGCCCUGUCCACUGACCCCCUGGAUGCCGUGGUGGAUUACAGCGGCUACUCACCGAUGCACUGGGCUUCGUACAGUGGGCAUGAAGAUUGUCUUGAAUUGUUACUUGAACACAAUCCAUUUGCGUACCUAGAAGGAAACCCCUUUACUCCAUUGCACUGUGCAGUAAUUAACAACCAGGACGGCACUGCUGAAAUGCUGGUGGAAGCAUUAGGUGCCAAGAUUGUUAAUAGCAGAGAUGCCAAAGGAAGGACCCCCCUUCACGCUGCUGCCUUUGCAGACAACAUCCAUGGUUUACAGCUGCUCCUGCGCCACCAGGCCGAGGUGGACACGGCCGACAAGCUGGGGAGGACUCCCCUGAUGGUGGCUUCUGAGCACGGGCACACUGCCGCCGUCGAGUUCCUGCUGUACCAAGCAAAAGCAAAUAUAACUGUGCUGGAUGUCAACAAGAACACUGCUCUUCACCUGGCCUGCAGCAAGGGCCAUGAAAAGUGUGCCUUGUUGAUCCUGGGGGAAACCCAAGACCUUGGCCUUAUCAAUGCAAGUAACAGCGCUCUGCAGAUGCCGCUCCACAUCGCAGCUCGGAACGGGCUGGCCUCUGUCGUCCAGGCCCUGCUCAGCAGAGGGGCCACUGUGCUGGCUGUGGAUGAAGAAGGUCACACCCCAGCCUUGGCUUGUGCCCCCAACAAGGACGUCGCCGACUGCCUGGCACUGAUCCUCUCCACCAUGAAGCCUUUCCCACCUAAAGACGCCAUCAGCUCCUUCAGCUUCAACCUCCUCAAGAACUGCGGCAUCGCGGCCAAGACGGCGGCGCGCGGGGCCCUGCCCAACGGCAGCGCCUGCCCCUACGGCCCCGAGCGCCACGGCGCGCUCGGCCUGGACGGCUGCUACUCCGAGUAGCCCGGACGAUGGGUGACCUAAUAUCUUAUUAUAUUUAUUUAGAAAUUCUAUAAAUAUAGGGCACUUUAAAGGAGAACAAGACUGGGCAGGCCUCCUAGCGUGGCCGGAUAAGCCAAGAGUUCAGAGCUUCCUCCUCUUCGCUGGGGCUGCCAGCGCCGGGCCAGAGCUGUUAAUUGGCUUAACGAGCAGCCGUCCCCUGCCCCGUCUCCAUCCUCGGGCAGGGUGGAGGGGGCUGGGGCUGUGCAGGGUGGGGAGGGGUCUGACCCCACUUUGGGCUGGAGUCAGUUCUGGCAUUUCCCGGUGCCCCCUCCCAGCAGGGAUGGGGAAGCCUGAACUCUUGGUGGGAUUGGGGUGGGAAUCUGGGAAUUGGCUGGUCUGGCGAGCGCUGGGGUGGGUGUGAGCUCCUGGCCAAGUGCCACCAUCACUGCUCCUCUCCCUUGGUCACUUUUCCUCACGCUUCAAUUCCAAUACGAACACUUGAAUCAAGAUCUACUGUACCUGGGACACUAAAAUACCCUUUUGGCAGCUGUCAAUUUUAUGCAAAAACGGGUGCUGCUGCCCAACCCCGCGGCCGGCCGGGCGGGCUGCGCUGCUGGAGCCUCCCUCCCACUCCAGGCACUUUAGGGAUUCUGUUGGUUGGUUGUUUUUGGUCUUUUUUUUCUUUUUUUUUUUUUUUUUGGUCUUUUAUUUUUUCUUCCCCCCCUUGGCAAAAUGUUGAGUCUGAGGGAUUCCUCUUGGAAUAUUCGUUCUCUGUCCUUUGUGGCCCUUCCCAUGUGAGAGUCAGUGUUGCCUUUUUUUUUUUUUUUUAAGAAAAAAAAAAAAAGAAAAAAGUUAUUUAUAAAGAAACGAGCAUUUACCUUUAAAAACAAAACAAAAAAACGCAACAAAAACCAUAAAAAAUAUAUAUAUCCUGAAAGUUCUAGCCUUUAAAUAAGGAAAAAAAAAAUGCACUUCAAAGCCCUCACAGCCCUACGUGAGUCUGUGUUUGUUUUCCUAACGCAGCAUCUUGGCAGGUUUCUUAGCACGUGUGUGUGUGGGAUCGUCGUGUUUCGGUUUCGGGUUUUCUUUUUUUUAAUUUUAGAAAUCAUAUAUUUAUGAUGCAGGUUCGGAGCAUCCGGGAACGUUGCACUGGUUUGUUUGGAAAUUUUGUAUUUUCGUUUUUCCUGUCGGUUGUUUUGGUUUUUGUUUUUCCUUCUGAAUUACUGUAACAGCAUCAUGUGCAAAAAAGCAAUUGUCCUCCAUCUAAUGAGCCUGUUGGAAGACAAAGGGAUGCAGGGAAGGAGACAGGGAUGCAGGGAAGGAGACAGGGAUGCAGGGCUGCGGCGAGUUGGGAACCACCUUCUCCCCCGAGCUCCUUUCCCUCUGCAGCCUGGGCUCCUGCCCGUGGCCAUUCCAGGGGCAUCCCAGUGGGAUCCCUGCAGGAUGAGAGCAGGGACAAGAGGAUCCCCCAUCCCACCACUUGCCCCUCUUUGCCGGCAUGAGCCUCACGCUGCGGCGCUUCCCAGAUAAAAAGCAUUUCUGUCACCAAAAUAAGGCAUUUCAUCUGUUUUUCUUUUUUUUUUCUCUCUCUUUUCUUUAUUUUUAUUUUUUUUUAAAAAAGCAGUUUCUAAAUGAAGUUGGCUCCUGUCAGGGUGGUGUUUGUUGGUGUUGGUCGUGGUGCCAGAGCCGGCUGCUGCUGGUGCCCAUGGGAGGGUCCCCUGGCACUUGUUUCUUUCUUUUACCAAAGCCAAACUCUUAGAACCAAAUAUGAAGUUUCAGUCUUGGCCUUUGGGUGAUAAGCACAUUUUCUUCACGUUUCAUGUAGGAUGUUUUUCCCCGCAGGGCUGGGUCUCCCCGUCCCCUUUCCAACCUGCACUUGGUUCAGCAAAGCACUCGAGAUCCUCCCGGGGCAGGAGGGGAAUCAGCCCCAGCCCGGGGGGCUCCAUGGGGGAGGAUCUUCCCACUGGGACUGCGGGUCCCUCCUUCGGUGCUGGCGUGGGAUGGUGACCCCAGCCCAUCGUGUGUCCCCCUCCUCAUCCCACCCCCCCAGCCCUUUAGCUUGAAAAGAAAGUGUUAACCUUUCUGCACCGAAUACCUCAGUUCGGAACCAGAAUAAACUCAUGAAACUUGAAUUUAAAAGAUCCUUUUUGAAGAUCCUUUUCAGUAUUCUACAGAGGAGAACUGGAAAAAGAGACUUGUUUACAUUGCUGUCGAGUCCGCACUUGCCUCUUGCAGCUCUUUCCCUUUCCGGGAGGAAUUUCGGCACCACUUUAUCUCUUCUUCUCGCUGCUGGCCCUCGCCCUCCCCGCGGGGCAGGAAGGGGGGUCCAAAGUCCUGAGCCGUUGUCUUCAAGGGCUAAAGUUCCUUUCCAGGCACCCGGAGGGGCCGAGAUGCCCCCGCCUGGGCUCCCGUCCCCGGCACCGGUUCCCGGGGAUGGAGCUGGGAUUGGGAGCUGCCGUGGCUCCGAUGCUUGGGGAAAGCUGGGAGGCAGCAGCUGCCCCGUGCCCCCUGUGCCCCCCGUUCCCCCUGUGCCCCCCUCGGCACCUCCUGGUGUUGUUGGCACUGGGGGGGUCGGGGCGUUUUCCCGCCGCCAGGGCGAGCGUUCCUUGGAGCACGUGGAGGAAGCUGCUGUUCCUUCACACCCCCCACCCCCUGCCCCUUAGUGGUUUUCUUUUUUUUUUGGAGUGUUAUCGUGGUUUUCAUUUUCUUUGUCAAGAGGAGAAAACUGAUCCCUCUGGGCCUUGUUUCUGUGCUUGUGACCUUCUGCUCAGCUCAACGUGACGCGUAAACCUACGGCGAGACAAUCAGUGUGGUCUCUGUAAGGGCUGCUCCGUCUCUUCUCUGCAGCACCACGCUCCCUGGAGAUGUGUGUUCUUUGCUCUUAGCCAGGAUCUUUUCCUCCCCUCCCCUCGUGUCUUGUUAAAAAUAAUAAUAAUAAUAAUAAUAAUGAUGGAGGGAAACGAGGUUUCAGCAGCGCAUCCGUGGUCUGGGAGCACGUGGUUUGGGGGGGUGGGGAGGGUACUCGUGGCCAGUUUCUGUGGGGGUCCCAGUCUUGUUCUCCUUUAACGCUGUAUUGUAUACAUUUGACAGCACAGCUUGACAAUUUAAGUAAUAAUCAAAGUGUUUGGUAAUAAUGCAUUAUUUUGCUAAACGAGAUUUGUGAUGGUUUCCCUAGUGCAUUGUAAAGAGGGAUGGAGGGAAACUUCCACUGCCCCCCCAGACCCCCCAGCCUGCCCCCCACCCCCGUUCAGUGCUGGGGGCUCCCAAAUCCUCCUUCCUUCCCACCCACCUUGAUGCCAAAGUUGGACCAUUCCCGCUCUGCCUGGCCGGCAGCCCUUUGGUGUCACUCUCACCAAGCAGUGACUUUUUCUUUUUUGGCUUUCCCGUCCCCCCACCCCAAAAAAAAAAAAAAACCCACAAAAAAAAAAAGCUGCCAAAAUCUCUUGGUUUGGAACACGCAGGCACCAUCACCCACCCACCCCCCCCCCCGAAAAAGGAAGUUUCUCUCCGCCCCCUUGGUCCAAAGCACUUGCUUCAAGUAAUAAGCACUUUUGUUAAAGCAUGAGUCUGGAUUCCCUUUAGCAUCCCCACGGGAUAGGGAGCAGCAAGAGCAGAAGGGACAGGAGAGAGUGUCUUUGGGUUUAUUUUUUUCAUUUUUAGUUUUAAGAAAAAACAAACAAACAAAACAAAAAGAAAAAAAAAAGUUUUUGUCUAGGGAAUGAAUGGACAAAGGGAAGUUGUGUUUUGAGAGAGAGAGAGAGAGAGAGAGGAAAGCAAAACCAACAGCACAAAUACAUGUCCCAGGUGUGUUUGCACUGCCGCUGCUGGGGGCGGGGCCCCCCCGGAGCCAUAGAACUGCUGACGAACCCUGAAUGUAACGACCCCCCCUCCCCGGGGCCGGGGCGACACCCACCACGAGAAACUGCUCCUGGUUCCUUCCCCCUUCUGCUCCCCCCCCGCUGCAGGAAAUUCAAAACUUGUUGUUUUCCUUAGGAAAAUGUUUCCCACCCUCCCUCCUCGUCCCCUCUUCCCAAUGGAUGAAGCUGCUCCCCCCCACCCCCCCUGACAGCAGCGGGACAGGGAGGAGCAGCCCCCGGCCCCAUCCUGGGGCUGGAUAUAUAAAAGUAGCACUAAAAACAAAGCAAAAAGUCCAAAAAACAAAAGAAAAAAGGAACAAGCUGUUUUUCCAUUUGUUUGACCCCCCCCCCCUUCCGAGGGAUGCGUGGCCCCUUCCCCCCGCCCCGGGCUGCAGCGUUAGUGAGAAACAAGUGAAAAACCAAAACCAAGAGCAAACUGCACAGACCCAAGAAAGAACCUUUUUCUUGGAUUUCCUGCUGUUUGCGGGUGGGGGUCGGGCCCCCGUGCCCCCCACACCCCCCUGCCCACCAUGGGGACCACGGGCGGGGGGCUCUGGGGGUGGGUCUGUGCAGACCCUCAGCCCACGCUCACCUUUGCCUUCAGUGAGAAACCAAAGGACAAACCCACGACUCCCACGGACACGCGGAGUCUUUGGUUCGGGGUGUUUUUAUUUCUCUUUUUCUCCCCCCUCCUCGUUGUUUUUUUUGUGGUCCGUGUUCCCCCCCCCCCUUCCUUCUUCUCUUUUUGUUUCUUUUUGUUUUCCUCCAAGGGCACGAGGAGCUGUUCAAAACCUCUUCUCCUCCCGGAUGAAUUUUUCCUGAUGCAUCCGAAAGGAGGGGAAAAAACAAACAAACCAACCAACAAAACCGAAAGAAAUCGAUCCCAACGGAGCCGGGACGCGGCGGCGGGAGCUUCGGAGCGGGGAGGCCGAGGGUAACGUACAGACCAGGCCCCCCCCGGGGGGUGGGGGGCACCGGCAGCUCCAGCAUCCUGGCUCUUCCCUUGAUCUAAACCCCUCGGAGUCGUGGUGUGAGGUUGGGAUAGGCCGGAGCCCCCGAGGGGCAGCGGGAAGGGGGACGCGUCUCCGAGGACUGGAAGGCACCUGUAGCAAGCUCUGUGUCUUUACAAUAUCCGACGUGUAAAUGCUGCACCUCUGUAUAUUAUGCACAUAAACAUUUCUUGGAAUAAGAUAGGACAGACCUCAUCACCAGUCAGGUAUCCACGGCUCUUCCUCCUCUGUGUCUCCGUGUUCUGGCGUGUGCGGGUCCGUGUGUCCGGGCGUCGUCUGAGCUCCCCGUGCAGGGGGGAGGGAGGAGGGGAUGAAGAAAAAAAAAAAAAAAAGAGGAAAAAUAGCCUUACUCGACCCAGUGGUAUCGAUAUUGUUCGUCAACUUGAAAAUAAUAAAGUCAAUGCAUGGAAACCUC